CUUUAUGAUAAAAAUAAUUAUGUUGUUCACAUUAGAAAUUUAAAAUAUUAUUUAGAGAAAGGUAUGAUUUUAGAAAAUAUUAAUAGAGUUAUAGAAUUUAAACAAAGUAAUUUUAUGGAAGAAUAUAUAAAUUUUAAUACAAAUAUGAGAGCUAAAAGUAAAAGUGAUUUUGAAAAGGACUUUUAUAAACUUAUGUGUAACAGUGUAUUUGGAAAGACGAUGGAGAAUGUAAGAAAUAGAUUAGAAAUAAAAUUAGGUGAUGAAGAAUCGUCAUACAAAUUUUCUAAAAAAUCUAAUUUUAAAGGAUUCAAAAUAUUUGAUGAUGAUUGUAUUGCUACACAUUUUCAUAAACAAAAGGUUAAAUUUGAUAAACCAAUUUAUAUUGGAUUUUCAGUUUUAGAUUUAUCUAAAUUAUUAAUGUAUCAAUUUUAUUAUGAUAAAAUUAAAAAAUAUGAUCCAGAUGCUAAUUUAUUAUACAUGGAUACAGAUAGUUUCUUUUUAGAAAUGAGUAAAGAUCCUUAUGAAAUAAUAAAAAAUAAUCAAAAAGAAUUUGAUACAAGUGAUUAUGAUAAGAAUCAUGAAUGUUAUAAUGAUAAAAAUAAGAAAGUAAUUGGAAAAUUUAAAGAUGAAUUGAAUGGUAUACCUUUAGAAGAGUUUUGUGGAUUAAGAUCUAAAUGCUAUAGUUAUAUGUUUUCAAAUAAUAAAAAUGAAGUAAAAUGUAAAGGUAUUAAAAAAUGUUUAUUAAUGAACAAAAAUAUAAAAUUAGAUGAAUUAGAUGAAAAUACUAAAAAUAGAUACAUAAAAAUGGAAAAUUUUAAGAAAUGUUUAUUUGAAGAUAAAGAAGAGUAUAGAGAAAUGAAUUGUAUUAGAAGUUAUAAACAUGAAUUAUACACAAUAAGUUUGAAUAAAUUAGCUUUAAGUUCAAAAGAUGAAAAAAGAUACAUAUUAAAAGAUAAAAUAAAUACUUUACCAUGGGGUCAUAAAAAUAUAAAAUAAUAA